UUCUUCAUCACUAUUUUUAUUUUCUUAUUCUCUCAGUUCCUGUUUUAAAUAGCAGCAUGUAGUGCUGACAUGCACAGUUGAACUGCUGUCACUUUCCUCUUUAGAGUUGGCUGCUAUUCCUGUGGGGAACAAAUAGUUACUGAGAAGAGUGGGGAUUUGAUUCUCUGUUCGGGUUAACUCAUUUUCCUGUUUUUUGUAUUUGUAGGUGAACGAAUUAAGAAGCCAGUUCCUCUUCAAGAGCAGACUGUUAAAGAUGAAAAGGGACGAUACAAACGUUUUCAUGGAGCAUUUAGUGGUGGUUUCUCUGCUGGCUACUUCAACACUGUUGGUUCAAAGGAAGGAUGGGCCCCUUCAACUUUUGUGUCAUCACGUCAGAAGAGAGCAGACAAAACAGUCCUUGGACCAGAAGACUUUAUGGAUGAAGAGGAUCUAAGUGAAUAUGGGAUAGCGCCUAAAGAAAUUACAACGACAGAUGACUUUGCUUCCAAACCCAAAGAUAGAAUAAAAGAAAAAGCUAGGCAGAUUGCAGGGGUAACUGCAUCCAUUCCAGGAGCCACUGCACUGGAUGAUUUAAUAGCACCAGCAAAAAUAACUAUUGGUGUUGAAUUAUUGCGAAAAAUGGGCUGGAAAGAAGGACAAGGAGUUGGACCUCGAGUAAAGAGAAAGCCACGCAAACAAAAACCUGAUCCUGAAGUAAAAGUAUAUGGCUGUGCGCUACCACCUGAAGGAUCUGAGGGAUCUGAGGAUGAAGAGGAUGAAUAUCAGCCAGAGAAUGUGACGUUUGCACCCAAAGAUGUAAUGCCUGUAGACUUGACUCCUAAAGAGAAUGUCCAUGGACUUGGUUACAAGGGUCUAGACCCCACCAAAGCAUUGUUUGGGGCUUCAGGAGAACACCCCAGUCUUUUUACUGAUGGUUCUGAAAAGACAAGUAAUCUACUUGGUGAUUUGAGACAUAGUAAAGGAAGAAAAUUGGGUAUCUCAGGCCAGGCUUUUGGUGUAGGAGCUUUGGAAGAAGACGACGAUGAUAUAUAUGCUACUGAAACAUUGUCAAAAUAUGAUACAGUUCUGAAAGAUGAGGAACCUGGAGAUAUGCUGUAUGGUUGGACUGCACCUAAGCAGUAUAAAGACAAGAAAGGAAUGGAGAAAGAAGUUAGAUAUAUUGGCAAAAUUCUGGAUGGCUUUUCCUUGGCUUCUAAAUCAUCAGCUCCAAAGAAGACUUAUCUACCGCCUGACCUGCCAAGGGAUUACAGACCAGUCCAUUACUUUCGACCAGUGAUAACAGCUAGAAAUGAAAACCCCCUUUUACUUCAGGCAUUAGUUGAAUCAACUGGGAAACGUGAGACUGAUACUCCACAGCAAAACAGACACACACUGAAUGCAUCUCAGAGGAGGGAAUUGCUAGGAGAGACUGCUCUGAAAGAUUUUUAUCCACCCUGCUCUGAGACCCCCCCCAGAAGAAGGGGCCCCCGCAAAACCUGGAAAGGUCCAUCUCCUUCUGUUUUGGAGUAUCUGUCAGGGAAAGACAAAGAGAGAAUCAAAGAAGCAAAACAGGCAGCUGAACAACAAAUGAAAACACAAACUUUGCCUCAGCAAUCCCUGAAUAUCUCAUCUGCCUCAGAUGGUGUUAAUCACAAGUGGCAAAUGGCAUUGGGGGGGCAGUUAGCCACCCCUGGUUCUAGUGACUUCAAACCAUUUGCAAAAAAUCCAGAAAAACAAAAAAGAUAUGAGGAUUAUGUAGAGAGUCUUAAACAAGGACAAAAAGAUACACCAGAAAGUCAUUCGGAUCCGGGUAUGACAGAAUGGGAGCGAGGAAGGGAACGAGAGGAGUUCUUCCAUGCAGCAGUGCUCUACAAAUCCUCUAACUCAGUCCUGUCAUCAAGGUUUACUAGGGCCAAGCAUGAAGAUGACACCGACAAAGUGGAAGUUCCUCGAGACCAAGAGAUGGAUAUUAAUGACAAAGAAUCUGCAGUGAAGAUGAAGAUGUUUGGCAAGCUCACAAGAGAUAAGUUUGAGUGGCACCCUGAGAAGCUAUUGUGUAAAAGAUUUAAUGUUCCUGAUCCCUAUUCUGAUUCAUCGAUUGUUGGGUUACCCAAAGUGAAACGUGACAAGUAUUCUGUAUUCAAUUUCUUAACUCUACCGGAGUCUACCACAACAACUAUAACUCAAACAACAAAUGAAAAAGUACAACAGAAUAUCAGUCCUAACAAGCCAAAGAAACCAUCAAGAUGGGAUGUAUCUGACAAAGAGAAGAAGAAAAACGAUUCUGUUAGUGAGUUCAUAAGUCUUGCUAGAUCAAAAAUUGAUAUUCAGCAGAAACAACCAGAAUCAGUAAUAGAAGAAGACAGAAGUAGAACAACCAAUAAGGCAGUUAAUGAAAGCACAGAUCAGAAAAAAGAAGAAGAAAGCAGACCAUCUAUGGACUUAUUUAAAGCUAUCUUUGCCAGUUCCUCAGAUGAAAAAUCAUCCUCAUCUGAGGAAGAUAGCGAUGAAGAGACGCAUCAGACACCUUCUGCUAUGCCAAACUCAGAAAGUACAAAGCCUGCUAAUCUACCAGAUACCUCCUUAGCUGAUGUACAAGAAUGCAUGGCUGUUACAAAAGAGCCUGACCUUGUGCCACCUCUUUUGAAGGAGGAGCUGGAUAAGGAAGAAGAAUUUGGACCGAGGUUGCCUCCAGUUUUCUUUUCUAAGACUAUUCAGAAACAUGAGCCAGUACCACUAGCAAGUUCUCUUGAAGCCAAUCAGAAAGAGAAACCUAAAAAGAACAAAGAAAAACACAAGGCUAAGAGAGAGCACAAACACAAAAAGGAAAAGAAAAAGAAACAUAAGAAGCACAGGCACAAAGGCAAACACAAGAAUAAAAAAUCAGAGAAAAACAGUAGCUCAGAGACUGCUGAUAGCAGUGACAGCCUUAGUGACAUAGAGGAGAUCACAGGUUUGUCAUCCCAGGAACUUCUAAGAAGACUGAAACAUCUUCCUGCAAUGAAGCAGUAACUUGCCUUCUUCAAUACUGUAUGACUUUUGGUCUGAAACUUUGAUCUCCUCCAUGAUGGAAGAUCAGUAAUGUAUAGAUUGCACUGUAAAUGUUGUAUUUAUGCUGAAUAUGUUUGAAAUCAUAAAUUUAUAAUUUUUUUCUGUGAUAUUUUACCAUUUUAAACUAUAUGAAUUGUGGAAUGUUGGAAAGAUCUUUUUUUUUUGUUGUUGUUGUUGCUGCUAGCAUGCAUUAUCAAAAGUAAUCGUUCAGGCUCUACAUUUAAUUAAUGUGAGGGCUAUUGGUAGCAAGCGCGCGUGUGUCUGAGAGUAGGACUUCUCCUUUACAUCCCAGUGUUCUACUAAAAAGGUAGACUCAAAAUGGUGAAUUCUUGGUUGUUUUGAAGAACCUAUUAUAAUUUGGUUUGAGCUACCUUUUAAUUUAAAUGAGACUAGAUAUUUUAAUAAACUGUAUAUUACAAAUGGUA